AUGUCUUGGCUGACUGGCCUGGCCAGUAAGGCAGAGAAUUUGCUCAACACCAUAGAUAGUACCGCUGCCGAUGCACUAAAGUCCUCACCGCUGCGACAUACUGCUGGUCCUCGCAAUGAUGAAGAUGGCGUGUACACCACACCCUCGGAAAGUCGAUCGCAAACCUCCGAUUAUCCCAUUAUCAUUCCCACCUUUGAUGCGGAUUCCGACAGACGUCAAGAACAUGUUUUCCCUCCGGAAUCUCAGAAACGACUUUCCACUUCUGCAACCUUCCCCCGGGCAAGUACCCCUACGACUCCCAAGAAACCGUCAACUGACGAUGAACGGAUUCGUUCGGACCCUUUCACGUUUCUGAAUGAUUCAACUACGAAGCUUCUCUCGGUCCCUACCACUACGGAGCUUCACACAACCUCUGGUCCAUCUUCUGUAGACGCUGAUGUGCGCACAGCCAGUAGCGGGUACCAAACAAUGCCUGUGGACAAGAUUCCCGAACCCGAUAGCCAACCACUGAUCGUCACUGAGGCUGGUGGCACAACGAAUUCACAUGAAUCCUUCCUCAAUCCAAGUCAUACAAAGGUCACUCAGUCGCGUCAGUCCAUGAGCGAUUUGAUUUUGGAGAACAAGAUUCUUCGUAGUGAAGUCUCUUCCUUGAGUCAAGAAGUCUCUGACUUGCUCAGACGAAACCACAAAGCAACGGAAGAGAAUAAAGAAUUACGAGGACAGACCGAACGCCUGGAAAACAAGCUGCGUGAUUCGGAUUCUCGCCUGCGGGAACUGCAAGUUCGAGUGAAGGAGCUGGAAAUUUCCACCCCCGACACGAACGUGGAAUCCCUGAACUCAAGGCUUGUGAUGAUGGAAUCCGAACUGAACGAUGCCCGGCGGCAACUUGAGGUGAAACAGGAAGCUUUGGUCACCAUGGAAACGAACGUGCAAGACUUUCAACGCCAGGCAGAAUUGGCUGAGAAACGCGUUCAGCUGGCACAACAGCAAACCACCCGAAUCACGCAGGAACUUGCUCAGUACAAGGAAAAAGCCACUCGGAUUCUUAACAUGAAGGAGCAGUUGAUUGCUUCACUAAGGGGUGAAACUGCUGGAAAUGGGAGCGAGACACAGAUAUCGGAUACCGCGGAGUCAGAAUCCAGCAAGAUGAUACUCACUUUGCGCGCCGAGUGUGAUAUGCUUCACGAAGAAUCCUCACGCUGGCGGAUCGAGGUGGAACAUCGUGAGAUGGCUAUGCAGGAGUUGGAAAUGCAAAUGCAAACCGAACGAGAGGCACUAAGACAUAACUUGGAAUUAGCGGAACAAAGAGCAGAACGGGAAAAACAGCUUCGUGAGGAUGCAGACUCCGAGCUGGCUGUGCUACGUAAACGCCAACGUGACCUAGAGGAUGCGUCCAGCAAACAGAGAGCUGAACUUCACGGGCAGCUAGUAGCUAGUGAGUCUGAAUUGGGCAGACUGCGUCAGCUGAUGACAAGGCGACCAGUAUCCUCAUCGGAUGGCCAAUCCUCACCUGCAACGGAUAAUAACUCCAUGGUAGUGACACGAACGGAUCCAGCACACGUACUCACGUUGGAAUCUCGCCUACGCCAACUUACCGACACUCUGCUCUCUCGGCAAGAUGCUCUGGAUUCGGUGUUGGCUCAAAAUCACGCUCUGAAGAUUCGACUGGAACGCGCUAAGGCUGAUAACGAGACCCUCGCAACCGCACUGGCCGUAGAGGAUAGUCAGUCGAACACAAGAGUACGACUUCCAUUUCAUCCGGCUGCUGGUGGCUAUGGGUGUGCCCGACUGGCACUGCAUAACUCAGUCAUUCCGCGACCGUUACAUCCGGUCGCAUCAUUCUUGGAUUCUGCUGCUGUCCGGGUCACAAACGUGUUUCGACGUUGGCCCCUAACACGUAUGAUCUUCCUGGUCUAUUUUAUACUUUUACACAUGUGGCUACUCUUGGCCUCGGUGAUUUUUCUGCCAUCCGCAACCAGCACCUCCUAGUCGGAAACUGCCCAGCACCCUGCCUGUCUCCCUCUCCCCAGGUGGCAGGUGUUCGAUCGACCCAUUUGCCUUCCUCCCAACUGUGAUAAUAUUUGAUCUCUCUUUUUUGCGAUCACAAACUUGCUCAAGUUCGGAAUAUAACUG